AUGCAGACUGCCAGACAGAGAGGGGCCGAUGUACUCCUCAUUUGUGAGCAGUAUAAGAAGCCAGAGUUCUCUGACUGGUUUCAGGAUGCAUCAAGGAGGUCUGGAAUUAACAUAUUUAACCCGAAUCUCACCGUCGGUAACUUUCUGGAGACAGAUAAGGGGUUUGUUUGGGCAGAGGUGGCGGGUGUACGUAUUGACAGCUCCUACUUCUCCCUGAACGAUCCCUUUGAAAAAUUCGAUUCCGAGAUCCGCUCUCUUAAGGAAAGUCUUAGAACUUUCGGCGGGGACGUCCUUAUUGCGGGAGACUUUAAUAGUAAGUCUCCAGAAUGGGGAGAGACCCGUCGGGACAGGAGGGGGAUCUUGGUCAGCGAUAUGGUCUCGGCAGGUCAGUUGGCGGUGUUGAAUCGGGGUAAUAAGUUCACUUUCAGGCGGGGAAUAUCAGGAUCUAUUCUUGAUUUAACAAUAGCUUCUCCCUGCCUUGCCCGUAGAGUAAAAGAAUGGAAGGUGUUGGACGAGGUAACCAUGAGUGACCACCAGUACAUUGAGUUUUUGGUCUCUGAGGAAAAUUCAAAAGGGUCUAGCGGUCCUUAUAUAAAGGACAAGAAGAGACCCUCCAGGAACCUUAAGAGACUAAAUAGGGAGAGGCUGGCGCAGUCCUUGGUCGAGUCUCGGUGUUUUAGAGAACUCGGCUGGGUAGCUGGGCCAGUUACUCUAAAGGGGAUAGUGCGAGAGGCGAGGCAAAUUAUUGUGGAUGCUUGCAACUACUCUAUGCCUCGCCAACAACAUAGAAGAACUAGAAAGGGUGUUCUGUACUGGUGGGACAAUGAACUCGCCCGCUUGAGAAAAGAAUGCAAUGCAUCGAGGAGGAGAUAUACUUACUCUAAGGGUGACCUCUUGCUUCAAGAGGAAUGGCAUACAGCCAGACGAAUUUUUAAGCGGGCGAUAAGGAGUAGUCAACAAAGGUGCUGGAAGGACCUAAUAGGAAAGUCCAAAAAGGAUCUAUGGGGUUUGGCGUUUAAAAUUGUGACUAAGAAAUUAGUUUCAAAGCAGAAAACCCCUGGCCUAGACGAUCCACAUUGGGUCCGUAAGAUCAUAAAAGCGCUGUUUUGCCAAGUGGAACCUGCCCCUAGAGAGGAUCACACUCUCUGUGUAGUUCAAGAGGAGGAGCUCUUCACGCUUGAUGAACUCAGAAGGGUAUCGAAGGGGUUGAGGAGCGGCAAAGCUCCAGGUAGGGACGGGAUACCCAGCGAAAUCCUCAAAGAGGUUAUCAGACCAAUUUGUUUAUUGGAUACAAUGGGUAAGUUUCUAGAGAGACUUCAAAAAUUCCUGGUAGGCGAAAAUAGCCUAUCUGAAAACCAGUUUGGCUUUCGGAAAGGCCGGUCAACAGUGGAUGCAAUUCUUACUGUGGUUAACCAGGCGAAGAAAGCCAAAGAGGGCAAGAAGAAAGGAUUUUGUGCUCUUGUGUCCAUCGACAUACGGAAUGCGUUUAAUUCCGCGAGAUAG